AUUGUCCAUUUAAAAAAUGGAGUCCCCCUGAAUGUGAAAUGGACUGUCCUGUGUGUUAUAACGGUGGAGUUUGUGACGACAAGAAUGGUGUUUGUAUUUGCCCUGCUGGCUUCAAAGGAGAUAACUGCGAAACAGGUUGUGGGUCAAACGACUGGGGACGUAAUUGCAAUAUGGUAUCUAGUAGUGGUCGUGAUGAAGCUUGUAGUGGUCAACUAUUUUGUCCGCCUGAUCCUGCUGGUUGCGCGUGCAUCGACGGAUAUGGAGGAAACAAUUGCAAUACAGCAUGUGAUAGCAAUCACUAUGGUGCAGACUGUCGCCAAGUAUGUCACUGCAAUUUAGGAGUAUGUAAUAGAAAAACAGGGGAUUGUUCAUCCGGGUGUUCGGCCGGUUACAUGGGACCAGCUUGUCAAGAACUAAUGCCUAAUCUAGCUUGUGAGUCUGGUGUUUUUGGUGUGUUGUGCAACUAUCCAUGUCAUUGUAAAGACUCGGCAGAUUGUAAUCGCGAUGGGAGCUGCGACAAUGGAUGUCACGAAGCAUGGACUGGAAAAGACUGCAGCAUAGUGCAGAUUGAGCCAAAUGAUUUGCCUAAACUGCUGGACUAUAAUGCAGUGUCAUGA